GUCGUGCAUAGCAUCUACAGUACCGAUAGGCGUACGCUUGGACGCCGAUUUUUUUUUUUUUUUAGUUGUGCAUUCGACAGAGAACUUGGCAUCCGUAGCGUUGUGUCACAACUUUGAUAUGUUAACUGCUGGCUAAACGGGAAAGACCGAGUUGUGCUGGCGGCGUAUUGGAACAGAGCAGUGACUGUUGUUUUGAUCCAAGAGUUGGAGGUAAAAGUGGGAGUUCCAGAAUUCAUAAGAACGCAGAGUAGCCUAAUGGAUCACUGAACGAAUGAAAAGUCUACGGUAUAUUUUGUACGGUAUAAGUAAUUUUUUGAAUCCCUAAUAAAGACUGAUGAAAGUUGACAGCUGCUCGGAGGGGCAGGGCCAUUCAUGUCCGAGGGAUUUUAUUAAACCUAUGCAGCUAGACAUGGAAGAAAAUGGGUCCCAAGGAACUCCACGACGACGACGAUUCUCUGGCUCUAGGGAUUUCCCUUCUCUGCAACCCAACCCCCAUCCCCUGUCGCUCCGAUUCCCACCCACUAAUGCCUCCAACCACAAGUCGUCCCUUAUCGUCUGAUAUGGCCUUUCUGUUAAAUGAAGGACAAACUCUGAAGGCAAAAGAAGUGUCAACCAAAAGCAAGGCACCCUCUCCUCCAGUAUCAGUGAAGGGCCUGGAAGGUGCAGGCCUCUCCCAGAGACACUCUGUAUCAGGAUAUCCUCUGAUGACCAUGGACCAGAAAGAGAACCUACUUGAACAGGACCUGACUCUGGUUGUGGUUCUGCCAGGCGGAGUGGAGAAGACGGCCACUGUCCAUGGCAGCAAGCCGAUGAUGGAUUUGUUAGUUAUGCUUUGUGCCAAGUACCACCUGAACCCAUCAGGCCACACUAUAGAGCUCGUCACCACCAACAGAAACCACAUCAAGUUCAAACCCAAUGCUUUGAUCGGGGCCCUAGAGGCAGAGAAGGUUUUGCUCAAGCCCAAAGGAAUGGAGGAAAAGAGUAAGAAGCCUGGCCCUCAGAUGCCAGAGGCAACUGUCCGUCUGGUAAUAAACUAUAAAAAGACCCAGAAGACUAUUCUAAGAGUCAGCCCUCGAGUCCCCCUUGAAGACCUCUUACCAGCUAUUUGUGAGAAAUGUGAAUUUGACCGACAGAGCACACUUUUAUUAAGAGAUGCCCAAUCUGAGGAUCCUUUGGAUUUGACCUGUUCUCUCAAUGAUUUUGCAAUUAGGGAGGUUUAUGCAAGGGACACAAAAGCUAUGUACUCAGCAGAUGUACCUGCCUCACCUACUACACCAACUCACCAAGAUCAUCUAGAUACCAUUACACCCAGCAAAGAUAAAAUCCAGAAGGAGAAGGAAAACAAGGGAUUGUUCAGUCUAUUCAGGAAAAGUAAGAAGAAACCUGAACAGGGAAUGACUGCCAGUGCCCCGGCGUCCCCAGUCUUCCCUAGCAGGCCUCGACCUCUCAGCAUGAGCUCACUCAGUGCCCACUCCUCCACAUUCAACUGCAGCACCAUGCCUUCUGACAUGCCAAAGAAGAGACGGGCCCCUCUGCCCCCCAUGCUGGUGUCCCAGAGCUGCCCCUCUAACCUCAGCCAUCGCCAGAGGUCCAUCUCCACCUCGGAGCCCGAAACCCAAACGGAUGGUGACCAGAUGACGACCGGUCUGAGUCGCAGCACAGAGUCUUCACUGAAGAGGACAAAGCGCAAGGCUCCUCCACCCCCCGCAUCUCCUGGAGUGGUUGUCCAAGAUGAAACUUUCCUAGAUAGAGGUGGCCAACCUACUACACUGGAAGAGAUCGUGGAGCAGGAGGAGACCACUGCCUCUGUGAUCCUAGACUCCAUGAGUGAUGUCCAAGAGGACGACAGCAGCCUCAACCUGUCAACAGCAGACAUCUCCGUGGACUCUGAGAGAACCGAGGGUCUCUCUCCAUCCCCGGAUGCCCCGCAUGCUGAGAUGGAGACCUCCCCACCGUCUGAGAGCGAGUGCCCAGCGGGGGAAGAUCAGUCUUGUGAUCUGUCCUCAGAUGGCAAACUAGUGCACAGCAUGGUGAACAACGCUGAGUGCAGGAUUCCCAUGCUGAGUGUGGGGAUGGACACAUCUGAAACAGAAGAUGCUGAAAGCCCUCCAUGCCAAGCAGAGGAAAUAAGUGGUCAGACAGGUUUGCCAUGUGAAGAUUCCAGAACACAAGGUGGGGCCAAAGGUGAAUGUAGUACCGAGAGCUCUCCUACUAUCAGCCCACCAGCAGCCCAGCCAGUGACACAGAGCACAGGAACACAGGCCUCCGAUCAGCUGGACACUGAUCCCUCCUGUGAUGAACGACCAGUGGCCACCAGCACCCCCUGUCUCCCUGCCAAAGCCUCUACCUCUGGAGCGGUGGGCCAGAAGAGGGACAUGUCCACAUCCACAGAGGAGCUGCUGACCACUGGUGAACCCAUCACACCUGCCUUAUCUCCUUCCUCAGCAGCCCAUCAGGGCCAAACAUCCACUCAAAGUGCCCCGGCCCCACCGAAGCCAUCCAAUGAGCUGACCAGGGACUACAUCCCCAAGAUGGGGAUGACUACGUACACUAUCGUGCCUCAGAAGACUCUGGAGAAACUGAGAUACUUUGAGGUGGCGCUAACGUUGGAGUCCCCUCAUGUGGCUCUAGAGAAGGAAGUAGAUAUUGGUUCACUUGAACUCAAAGACUGCACUACACAGGCUGAGCAGUUACAGGUCAGAACAGAACAGAUAGAGCUGCCGUCUACUGUACCUAGGGAAGACUCUCAGUCUCAGCAAGUCCACAGCACUACUACUAGUGAGAGCACUGUAAAUGGCAACCUGAUCGAGUCUAUUCACUCCCCCUCAACACCGACAACAAUAAUUCUUGCAAAAGAUGACAAGAUUCUAUCCCCUGCUAGUGGUGGAGACCAAGCAGGCUCAAUAGCAGAGGUCAAGGAGAUGAAAAUUCCGCCCGCAACUAAACCCAAGCCUGGCUCGUUCCGCUUGCCACAGCACAAAAGAACACCUGGGUUUUACGUUACCUCGGCUGCAGUGAAAAGUUUGAGUGCCAGUCCUGACGCUGGCCAGAGGGAGGCUCCAGGCAGUCUAGUGGCAGCAGGGCAGGCCCUGCAGCCAGUAGGGGGCAGCUUCCCCCCUCCUCCUCCUCCGGUGCCGUGGAACGAGGAGACAUCAGAGGGUGCUGAGAUAGUUGAGGUGGAGCUGAGGCCAAAGGAGGAAGAGAGCAGAAGUGUGCCCCCUCCACGGUCCAGUCCCGUCAGGGCGCCCCCAUCCCCAGGACUGAGCCUGGAGAAAUUGAGGAGUUUCACUGCUCCCAAACCCUACUCUCCUACAACCCCAUCCCGCUUUGCCCAAGCUGUAUCUUCGGCGGUCAAAAGGUCCCAGUCCUUAUCCAGUGGGUCCACCUCACCAUCUCCUUGCUCGCCACCAUUCUACCCAAUCACAAGCAGCUUUUUAGUUAAAGAUCCUAAAGGAACAGAUGGGGAUAAGGAGCCCGAUGUCCUGCCUUCGAGUCUGUCAGUGCCCGAGCCCAGGAAAGAGGAAUAAAACUUUGUUUGAUAGUUUUAAGACCUUGGUUGCUAGUCUUAACAAGCUACACACUGUAGAAGACUACUUUUCUGUUUUGUUAUGAGAUAAAUUACUGUAUGUCCUCCACAUAUCAUUUUGAUGUUAUGAAAUAAUUGUAUGCAUUAUUCCCAAUUUGUGUUUGAAAUUUGAUUCAUAUUGGACUUUUCGGCUGUCUUAUUUUGCCAACGAAUAUGUAUAUUAUUAGUUUUAAUAUUGAGUUGUAAUUUUCAUUGAGAAAAUACAGUAGCCUAUUUAGUACUGUCUACCAUUUUGAAGAGGUCAAUAAUUGGACUGACCUGAAAGUGGUACUUAUAAAUUCCUCAGUCCAUUUUUUAUUUUAUGUUACUCAUUUGGUUUUGAUAAAGCUGUGCCCGGACAUACACUGGUAUGUAAAGUAUUUCUCUAAACAUAUAAUGCUGUUAUGAAUUCAAGUUACAUUCACAGUAUAUUAAAGUAUUGACAAUCAAA